CAGCGCGUUUCCGAAAACCCCAUCGCUUCCCGCAAUGCGACCCUUCUGAACCUCACCUCUUACGCACUCCCCUUCUUACCACUCCCCCUUCUUCCCUCUUUCCUCUUUCCUCCUCCUUCUUUUUUUCUUUUACUUGCGCGCAGGCCGUACAAUGUUGACUCUCACUACUUGACUAUACUGCGACUGAGCUGGAUACAAUCAUUCUCUGUAUAUCAUGGCCGACACGCUAAAAACCGCUACUUCCGGGUCUCGGAAGGAUACUAUCUUGUCACGUCGGUGGAUUGAAGGUCAAAUCGCUGAGGGCAAACAUGUUUUCAUUUUCGACGGUCGGGUAUUGAAGGUAGACGCCUGGAUCAAAUACCAUCCAGGUGGUGACAAGUCCAUCAAGCAUAUGGUGGGAAAAGAUGCGACAGAUGAGAUCAAUGCUUUACAUUCGAAGGAGGCGCGCCAGCGGAUGUUGGCCUUCCAGAUCGGACGCAUCCAAGGUCCAUGGUUAAACUUCCUCCCACCGAUCCAAGGCGGCAAGUUCCGCCCAUAUACCGAGGCAACCGUACCAUCAGAUGAAGACAGCUCUGGUCAAGAUAUUUCUACACCGCCGUCUCCAGUCUUCGAUCCAGUUGACGCUAAAUCCGGCCUCCGCCGGCGAAAGUCGUCUUCCUCGGAUACCUCGGUCUCAGCCCCAGGCACCCCUGAGUUCGAGCCAAAGCCGUUCUUCCUCGAUGCCCGGACCCAGGAAGAGAUCGUUCUAGACGCUGCCAAAUACCCUUCCCUAGAGACAGAAAGCCAGGAGAAUAUCAAACAGAAAUAUCGUGAACUAGACCAGCGCAUUCGUGACGAGGGCCUCUACAACUGCAACUAUUUCUCUUACUUCAUCGAGUGCUGCCGCUACACGCUUUUCGCGGGUCUGUCUUACGUACUCCUCCAGUGGGGCUGGUAUGCGUCCUCGGGAUUCUUUUUGGGAUGCUUUUGGCACCAGCUCGUCUUCUCCGCCCAUGAUGCUGGUCAUAUGGGCAUCACCCAUCAUUUCCACGUGGACAGCGUGAUAGGCAUCAUCAUCGCCGACUACCUCGGGGGUCUAAGCUUAGGGUGGUGGAAGCGAAACCACAAUGUCCAUCAUAUCGUGACGAAUGCUCCUGAGCAUGACCCAGAUAUCGAGCAUAUGCCCUUCUUUGCCAUCUCGCAUCGUUUCCUUAAUAGCCUCCGCAGUACUUACUAUGAACGUGUCAUGACGUUUGACGCUUUUGCCAAUUUUAUGCUGCGGUAUCAGAACUAUCUUUACUACCCCAUCCUCUUGUUUGGUCGCUUCAACCUGUACCGCCUGAGCUGGGAGUAUCUGCUACUCGGUCAGGCGCCGAAGAAAGGUCCUGCCUGGUGGCACCGGUGGUUCGAGAUGGCUGGCCAAGUCUUCUUCUGGUAUUGGUUUGGGUACGGCAUCCUGUACUGUACCAUUCCUGACUGGAAAAGCCGCCUUGUUUUCAUUCUGGUCUCGCAUAUGGUUACUGCCCCGUUACAUGUGCAGAUCACGCUCUCCCAUUUUGCCAUGUCGACAGCCGAUCUGGGUGUACAUGAAUCCUUCCCUCAGAAGAUGCUUCGCACCACGAUGGAUGUCGACUGCCCAACCUGGCUCGAUUGGUUCCAUGGUGGUCUUCAGUUCCAGGCCAUUCACCACUUGUAUCCACGUAUCCCACGCCACAACCUGCGUCGGACUCAAAGAUUGGUCAUGGAAUUCUGCCGCGACACGGGCAUUCCCUAUGCGGUGUUCACGUUCUACGAUGGCAACAAAGAGGUCAUCGGAAGACUUGGUGAUGUCGCCAAGCAAGUCCGUAUUCUCGAAGAAUGCAGGAAGUCGUGUGCACAGCAAGGCGUCUUCUCAGAACACCACUAAAUGACUGUCAUGGUCUUCUAAGCGCGCUGCCCUUCCGAUUGAACCUGGCCUCGACAAUCGACUGGAUACUUUGGGUCCUUGUAUAUAUUGCAUAGUUGUAUAUAAUCAUGCCUGCGGACCGUCUUUGGGUAUCGGUAUCGGUCACAGUUGGAAGGGUUGAUUAAUGUCGCCGGACUUGUAAUGCCCUAUUGAUGAUGUGAUAAUGUCCCUCAGCUUGACGUCGGUUUAUA